AUGGCUUCUUCACUUAGAUUGAGUUCUAGUGCGCUCCGCAGCUCGGUAUCUGCUUCGGCUGCUGCUCCGUGGCGCACCGCGGCAUUCAACGGUGCCCGUUCAUACUCUGCGAAAACCGCCUCGCUCAAGGAGACAUUCGCCGCGAAGGUCCCCGAAGAAAUUGAAAAGAUCAAAUCGCUCAAGAAGAAUUACGGCAGCAAAGUCAUCGGUGAAGUCACUCUUGACCAAGUGUACGGAGGUGCUCGCGGUAUCAAGUCGCUCGUAUGGGAGGGUUCUGUACUCGAUUCCGAGGAGGGUAUCCGCUUUCGCGGCAAGACUAUUCCAGAAUGCCAGGAACUGUUACCGAAGGCCCCUGGCGGCCAGGAGCCUUUGCCAGAAGGUCUUUUCUGGCUUCUCCUGACUGGUGAGGUCCCAUCAGAACAGCAAGUACGCGAUUUGUCUGCUGAAUGGGCCGCUCGCUCGGACGUACCAAAGUUUAUCGAAGAACUACUCGACCGCUGCCCGAGUGACCUCCACCCAAUGGCUCAGUUCUCGCUCGCCGUAACGGCGCUCGAACACGAAUCUGCUUUCGCCAAGGCAUACGCUAAGGGCAUCAAGAAGUCCGAAUACUGGGAGCACACUUUUGAGGACUCCAUGGAUCUGAUUGCGAAGUUACCCACCAUUGCAGCCAAGAUCUAUCGUAAUGUGUACAAGGAUGGCAAGGUUGCAGCUAUUGAAAAGGACAAGGAUUACGGCUACAAUCUGGCAAACCAGCUUGGAUUCGCUGAGAACAAAGACUUUGUUGAGCUGAUGAGACUCUACCUCACUAUCCACUCUGAUCAUGAAGGUGGCAAUGUCAGCGCACACACAACUCACUUGGUCGGAAGUGCUCUGAGCUCGCCAAUGCUUUCCUUGGCUGCCGGUCUGAAUGGUCUUGCUGGACCCCUCCACGGUCUUGCCAACCAGGAAGUUCUCAACUGGCUUACGGAGAUGAAGAAGGCCGUCGGCAACGACUUGAGCGACCAGUCUAUCAAGGAUUACCUGUGGUCUACGCUCAAGCAAGGCCGUGUUGUGCCAGGUUAUGGACACGCUGUUCUCCGCAAGACCGACCCACGUUACGUCUCACAGCGCGAGUUUGCGCAGAAGCACUUGCCUGACGACCCAAUGUUCAAGUUGGUCAGCCAGGUCUACAAGAUUGCUCCAGGUGUUCUUACUGAGCACGGGAAGACCAAGAAUCCUUACCCUAACGUAGAUGCCCACUCUGGUGUUCUCCUCCAGUACUAUGGCCUGACCGAGCAGAACUUUUACACUGUACUCUUCGGUGUCUCUCGCGCUCUUGGUGUCCUCCCUCAACUAAUCAUUGACCGUGCCGUCGGUGCGCCAAUCGAACGUCCCAAGUCUUUCUCCACUGAGGCAUGGGCCAAGCUUGUCGGCGCGAAGCUAUAAUUAGAUAUAACGGCGCGAAGACCAAUUAGGGAGAUGCAUUUAGACAGCGAUUGGGGAAGUAUGAUAGACUGAAGAGCGCGCUUUCAAGAAUCUGUUUCGUUUUAUACCAGGGAUAGAACGAUGGUUGUAGGGUGGUGUAAGAUCGCUUUGUGCUUUUUGGUUCUCUUCGUCAAUAUGUAUUCCCGACUAGCGUUAAGUGUAUCAUCACCCUAUUUCAAGCAGCUUCUCAUCUCAAUAUUAUGUCUGUACCGCUACCUAACGCUGUUGAUGCGGUGACUCGUAUACUUUAAACGCAAUGAGGUUCUUGGUCCGGAGAGAAAAACGCAGUCGUAGCAAACAAGUGCCUGACUAAUUAUCCACAACGCCCAUUUACUCUAUCAGGCAUGCCAGUCACACAAUCUACUUGCCACCAAACAAGACAGA